AUGAGCCAACCGUACGGUAUGGGUAUGAGGGCGCCGAUGUCACCAUCAUUCAUGCCUUGUGUGAUGCCAGCGGCGUUAAGUCCACAUAACGUCGAAGUGUAUCGUCAAAUGAUGAUGAUGAACGGUCCAUGCAGUCCCUUGUAUGGAAGUAUGGCAGCUGCUGGCAUGAAGAUGGAUGUCCCUCUGGCCGCAAGCAUGCGAUCUUCCAAUCCCUUAAAUCAAAUGAACCAAAUGCGGUUACCAUUCGUUGGCUCACCGAUCACAUCAAUGGCCAAUAGCAUGUCGCAUGACGGCUUGCGGAGAACACGAGAUGGGAAAGUGAAGAAGGAAGAUCACAUCAAGAAGCCGUUAAAUGCGUUCAUGUGGUUUAUGAAGGAAAAUCGGCCGAAGCUUAUGGAGGAACUCGGUUAUAAGGAGAAGCAAAGUGCUGAAUUGAAUAAAGAACUCGGCAAACGAUGGCAUGAUCUGCCUAAGGAAGAGCAACAAAAGUACUUUGAUAUGGCUCGUGCCGAUCGAGAACAGCACAAGGCGAAAUAUCCGGGUUGGUCGGCACGCGAAAACUACGCGGUUCAUAAGCGAAAGAAGAAGAGGCGUGAUAAGAGCGAGGAUGUAUCCGACAUGAAAAAAUGUCGUGCACGAUUUGGAAUCGCAAAUACCGAUCAGUGGUGUAAGUUCUGCAAACGAAAGAAGAAAUGCAUGUACUCGACGUAUGAUCCGACAGAUGUACUAUCAGAGGAGCAUGGUGAUCGAACUUCAUCAGGACCCUCACCAUUGACGUCGUCUCUGGGCCCGUCACCUCUUGGCGGUGUUGUCGAUCACGAUGCUUCGGAUUCUGAAUCAGAAGUGGAUGAAGAAGAUCGAACACUGGUCGAUAUGGACAUUCAAGAGGCGGCAAUGCAACAACAAGCGAUCACUCGAGACAACGAGUUGGCAGCAUUCUGA